AUGCACUACCCAAAAGGACAGUAUGGCUUCUAUAAUGCAUUGGAUUCUCAAUACUUGGAAUGGGGCUGCAAGGCCGACCUUCUCACGCACAGAGAGCUUUUGAUGGUGCGGAUCAUGAACACGAUCACUGAAAAGCCUAAUUGGGAAGAAAAGGUCUUCAAAGAGGAGAUCACCGGCAAAUGGCGGGACGAAAUCGCGCAAAGUGGCGAGGAUGUGACCCCCAAAAUGAUGGAUUGGAUUAUCAAAGAGCUUCAGUGGACGGCCAAGAAUCUCGAAAAGACAGGAUAUAUUCGAGUGUUUGACGUGGGGGUCAUCAAGUCCGAUACCGCUAUACCUGAAGACGUCAGGGAAGCAUUGAAGCAAGCGGUUCAGCCACUCGAAAAUGUCCCAACAGAUCAAAAGGAUUUCCACCCAGACUCUGAUGACAAGGUGGUGGAUUUGGUACACCCAUCGCUAUUUCCAGUUAUUUUUGGCCGAACCAGGGUUUUGAAGGACAGAAUCCUUGGACUCCAGGACUGUUUAAGCCACAUGGGAGAGGGCGAUAUCCUCCCCUCUGAGCCGUGUGCGGAACGCGAGAUAUAUGAAGGGGACGCCUUCAGCAAAAGAUUCCAGUGGCUUCCCUGCGAAGUGAAACUUCUCGAUGACACUUGCCAGAUUGAAUCAUACAUCAAUAACGCCCACCCGGUUCAGCACAAGGACUUGUAUGGAGUCCUUGAGAAAAUCAUUUCUCGAGUCAUUCCACUGUGGAAUCAAAGUCUGUCCGAAAUCACAGACUCACGGAUCGGUCAUCAAAAGUUGAAAUAUGGUGAGCAUCCGGAUCCAGAGCCGCAAGAGCCAGAAGGGGAAGACUACGAUGAAGAUGAAUUCUAUGAAACCUAUCAAAAAUGGCGGAACGCGCUUCCUCUGAUUAUCCCAGAGCCUGGGGAAUUCAAGCCUCGAAAUGUAUAUGAAGACCUCGAUCUACGAAAGCAUUUCCCGAAGACCAACCUACAAGUCAUUGUGAAAUUGGCGAACAUUGAAUUGAGCCCAGACAACCCCACCUACAAGGGAGGCUCAUGGCACAUCGAGGGGCAGCUAAAUGAACGUAUCUGUGCUUCCGCGAUCUACUAUUACGACUGCAAGAAUAUCACGGAAAAUCAACUUGCAUUUCGACAGCGCGGAAUGUCGGAUUUGAUGGAUCUGGAGUAUGAGCAGAACCAGCAUGAAUUCCUCCAGGCAGUGUACGGUUUUGACGAUGAAAUCCACGGCGGUAGCAACAACGACAUCACCCAGGAUCUUGGAGCCGUGACAUGCAAACAAGGUCGCCUCAUCACAUUCCCCAACGCCGUUCAGCAUCGGGUCUCCCCAUUCUCGCUGGCUGACCUAUCUAAACCGGGUCAUCGCAAGAUUCUUGCGCUCUUUCUGGUAGAUCCCCAUCGGCGGAUCAUUUCUACAGCCAAUGUUCCUCCGCAGAGGGAAGACUGGGGUCGUGAAAAAGCGAAUGUGGUGGACCAGGUAUUGUCAAACUUACCGAUGGAGCUUCAGAAUAUGGUCGAGAGCGAUCUGCACCCGCUGAUGACCAUGGAAGAAGCCAAAGAGCAUCGAUUAGAGCUUAUGAAAGAACGUGGGCUCAAGUCGGAGGAAAACAACGGCAAUUUCGAAAGGGGCGAUUUCAGCCUUUGUGAGCAUUAG